CUUAUUUUGAAUCGUGCUGGAACAGGCAAGAAGGCAAAACACAACAAAGAAUCAGUCAGUCCUACGGAGUCGUAGUGAACAGACGCGCAACAUUUACCAGUGAAGCGAGACUUUUGCAAGUUAACUAUCAACUUUAAAAUCACGUUGACUUUGAGACAUAACUUGAGAAAGUAGAAGAAGUUAAGAUGUUUUCAACGAAGAAAAGUGUGGAGAGAAUUCUCCAGGCGUACAAAAAUGAAAUUCGCCGGCAAAUCAGCAAGACGACAAGUGUCAGUAACUCGGACGCGAUGGCACCCAGGCUGGACCAGAGCGUGGUGAAGCCCCAGCAGAACGAGGAAUCUGGACCUCCGAAGAAGUUGCUGAAGUUGCAGAAAUAUCACAGAUACCUGUCAACUCUGACACCCCAAGAAAUGCCAAUGGCGACCCGCGGACUGGCCGUCUCCAAGGACCAGUCUCGGGAGUUCAUGGCCUGCUUCCCAGACAUCGUACGGGACCUCACGGAGACUGGCAAGCACACCGACGUGCCUGAGGCCAGCAAGUGGUUGGCUAAGCUGUUACAAUACAAUGUUCCCAACGGCAAGAAAAACCGGGGUCUCGCCACCGUACUCUCCUACAAGAUGCUGGCGAAGCCCGAUGACCUUACCCCAGAGAACAUUCAUCUAGCCAACAUUAUGGGAUGGUGCACUGAAAUGUUCCACACACACCAGCUGCUUCUCAACGACAUAAUGGAAGGCACGGAGCUGCGUCGCGGCGCCCCCUGUUGGUAUCGCCGCGCUGACGUCGGACUCAGCGGCAUCAACGACGCCGUUCAGGUCCAGUCGGCCAUGUACUCCACGCUGAAGAAAUACUUCUCCAACAAGCCGUACUACAAGAACGUGCUGGAGACUUUCAAUGAGAUGCUGCUAAAAUCUUCAAUCGGCCAGUACUUAGACCAAUCUCUCUCGAAGACAGACAAGCCGGACUUGUCUCAAUUCACCAUGGGCAAAUACGAAGCCAUCACUAAGUACAAGAGCGCCUACUACACCUUCCAAAUGCCUGUCACCCUGGCCCUCCUCAUGGCCGGAGUAGACGACCCAGAAACCCAUAGACAAGCGAAGACAAUCCUGUUGGAAAUGGGAGAGUUCUUCCAGAUACAAGAUGAUUUCCUAGACUGCUUCGGAGAUCCAGCUGUCACUGGCAAAAACGGCACCGAUAUCCAAGACGGCAAAUGCACCUGGUUAGCUGUCGUCGCUUUGCAGAGGGCGACACCAUCGCAGAGGGUUAUCAUGGAGGAAUACUACGGUAGCCCAAAGCCAGAAGCUGUAGCUAGAAUCAAAGAUCUCUAUGAAGAACUUCAACUCCCUCACACAUACUCGGUCUUCGAAGAAGCCACAUACGAUCUCCUUAGGACACAAAUCCAACAAGUCACCAGGGGACUGCCCCACGAUUUUAUACCCUUGCAGACAAUCAAUGCUGCAAGAAUGUCCACAAACGUGUCUGUAUCCCAGGCCAAAAAAGAAAAGGACAACUUUCUGGACGUUUUGCCUACUAUAACCGACAGCCUAGCCAGGAGCCCACAGUUUGCCGAAGUGCCUGAAGUGGGCAAUUGGUUAAAAAGGGUACUAGAAUACAAUUUGAGUGGAGGGAAAAAAGCGCGGGGACUUUCCACAGUGUUCGCCUAUGAAAUGCUGGAGAAACCGGAAAAUAUCACGGAAGAAUCUCUUAGAUUAGCACGUAUUAUGGGCUGGUGUGUUGAAAUGUUGCAAGCAUACCUAGUAGUCCUGGAUGACAUGAUGGAUGGAGCGACCACGCGUCGCGGUCUCCCGUGCUGGUACCGGCUGCCUGACGUGGGUCUUGGAGCAGUCAACGACUCCAUCCUCAUAUACAUGUCCAUAUACAAUACUUUGAAGGCCAAUUUUGGGGACCGAGCGACCUAUACUAGCAUAUUGGAGCUUUUUAAUGAGACGUUACUUAACACGUCAAUCGGCCAGCACCUCGACUACACAAUGGCGCACCGCAACAAGAGCGACUACAGUCUGUUCACGGUAGAGCGCUACAGCGCUAUCGUCAAGUUCAAGACUGCGUACUACACGUACAAGCUGCCGGUCAGCCUCGGGCUCUACCUCGCCGGCAAGACCAACCGCGAGCUGCACAAGAUCGCCGAGGACAUCUUCCUGGAGCUCGGCCAGUUCUUCCAGAGCCAGGACGACUUCAUCGACUGCUUCGGCGACGAGUCGGUCACGGGCAAAAUGGGCACCGACAUCCAAGAAGGCAAGUGCACCUGGCUAGCGGUUACAGCGCUGCAGCUCUGCAAUGCGCAACAACGCGCUGAAUUCGAGGAGUAUUACGGCAGCAAAGACCUCGCUGACGUGCAGCGCAUCAAGCGGCUUUACGAGACGUUAGGGCUGCCAGAGAUAUAUCGAGCGCACGAACGCGCCGCGUAUGAAAGAAUCGUUCAACGCGCUCAUUCGUUACCUACCACUGAAUCUGGAGACUCGGUUUCGCCAGCCCUAGUGCUCAGAUUACUGGAUAUGAUCUACAAUAGAAAAAAAUAAAUUACAUAUUUUUUGAUUGCGGAGCCACUUCAUUUUGAUCUAUCUGUCUUUUUCGCUCUUGCUAGUAUGUCGGUAAGAGUGAAAGGGAUAGAUACAUCAAUAAAAAUGAUGAUGGAAUAGCUGCGCUGUAAUUUUAGGAGUUGUACAGAGAGUUCUACCUUUCAUAGCGUUAUCUUGUACGAAUGUUACCUUUACGGCAUUAUUUUUAUAAAAAUAAUAUUUUCAACUACAAAGAAACAGUCAAAGAAAUGUAAUUUGGCUGCACUAUUGUCACAAAACAGGUCAUAAAUAAUUAUAAGGUGCCAAACCGAAUUAUAUUUGUUUAACUCUCACGGGUUUUAUCUAGUUACUUCCGAAACUUAUAACAAUUUAAGUCGAAGCCUAUAUUCUGUACCUAUGUUUGCAUGAAGCGUAGCUUUAACUUAUUGACUUUAAUGCAGUAAUUCUUACUUUUAAUGUAUUUGUUGUCAUUAUAAUUUUGACGACGGACUAACAUGCUUCACUAAAAAAACAAAUGUAUAGCCUGACCAGGAACAUAAAAACCCUGGCAUAGAGGCGCGUCAAUUGCAUUUGAUAGUGCAACACUGAAUACAGUCGUACCUGUGUUAAAUUAAUAGGCUAACUUUAUGUAUCGGGAUUCAGGAUUACGGGCUAAUUUGAUAUUUUUAUAAAUUAAUGAACAAUAAACAAUUUGAAUUUGAAAGAUUAUAUUAUAGGUAACCUGGUUUAAAUAAAUUAAAUGAAACCAUCAAUCGAGCUAGUAGGAUUUAUUUUAUUAUUCAUCAAUCCGAACUUGAAUAUCCAACUGCAAUGUCUGCUCAUGAACGCUUCAAACACGGUACUUCUUUCCCAAUUCCAUAAAAUUCAACACUUACAAAGUGACAAAAAACUUUUAAAUAGGUAUUUGAAACAAACCACAGCUAAUUUUCAUAGUGAACUGUACUAUACGAUAAACAUGUCAGUCAAUUUGACAACCUUUGUCGGAAACAUUAUUCAAUGAAAAUAUUGUCCGAACCCUUAGUAUUUCUCUUCGCAAAUACUUUAACACAUUGUGAACCACUUUUCUUUCACGACUAUAAAAAGAUUUUCGCAAUUUAAUUCACAAAAUCAAUUGCACACAUUUAAAAUAAUGUUUGUUUGCACUUUGACAGCAAUAUUGACAUGCAAGGUGACAGGCCAAUGAAGUUUUCAGUUACUGUUGCCAUUAAAAGAAAUUAGUACCUACCAUUAGUUUUCCGCAACAUGGCGAGGGUUUUUAUGUUCCUGGUCGGGCUAUACCUAUAUUUUAACUUCAUAAUGUGAAGAGCAGUUAAUAUUUCUAGUGCCAAAUAAAUUGUAAGAUCGAUAUACAACAACCUAGGUGUUAAAACACACUUGUUUUAAAAACUUUUUAAUUAAAAUUAUUAAUUAAUAUGUCAAGAAAUUCAUGUCUUUCGUCUAGUAAGUAACAAAUAUUUGGCAGUUAAAUUAUUUAUAUUUAUUUAUGUAUAGUCUAUUCACGUCAGCUAAAAUUCAUAUGCGUCUCUAUUUAUAGAAAAAGUUUGAAUAAAUUAUUAUUGGCAAAGACUGAAUUUUAUGUAUUCAAGGGUAUUGGGUUGAAUAGUAAUUUAUUUUAAAAUAAUGUGACGUAAGGAAUAAAAAAAAAAUAAAUGACGUAUGAGUCCACAAAGAAACGUAGACGUUUAUAUAUUUUUUUAAAGGAUUUAAAAUAUAAAUAAAAUUGCAGUGCAAUAAAAUACCACCAUAACGAUUAUAAACACAACAUUUAUGUUGUUAUAAUAUGAAACAUGUAAAGAAUAAUAAAAAAAUCUAUUUUUGAAUGUAUUUUAGAUUUAUCGAUAUAUUAUAGCACACGUAGAUACCAUGACAUCACUAGCAGGGACUACUUUUCUACAAACCUGUAGACUUGUUUGUGUGUACUACAAGUCUCGUAGUAAUGCGCUUUAAAAUAGUUCGAAUCAUUUAAGUCGGCACAUCAGAGAACACAUUGUGUUGUCAACUUUUUGGCCAUAGUGUCACAAAAUAUUUGACUCUGACUGUAUCACACGGGUCUAAAACAUAAUGUUGUCUCUUAAAUUCAUAACGCUUUCAAGCUAAUCACGGUGGCCUCUUAUCUUCUAAGCAAGAGACGAUUUUGCAACAAAAAUGUAGAGUCUGGAUGUGCUGUCGUCUGUUUGUAAUACUAUUUACGUAAGUCUUAGAUUUUUAUAUAGUAUGUAGAAAUUAUUUUGUUAUGUUUAUAAUAAUGUAAAGAAAUCUACAGAGUACAUAGUAAAUUAAAUAUAAAAAAUACGAAUAA